AUAGCUGAUGAAGUUCUUCUCAAAGGCCGGGCACUCAAUCCACUAGUUAAAAUUAAAGUGGAUACUGAUUCUCCGGCAUCAAAGGACCAGAGCUUUUUCAAGAAGUUCACUAUCAUUAUAGCCACGGGAAUAAAAACUGAUCUCUUAUUGAAAAUUGACAAAAUUUGCAGGGCAAAUAACGUUAAAUUGAUUUUUGGGGACGUUUUUGGAUUUUUUGGUUAUAGUGUAGCUGACUUUCAAGAACACAAUUAUUUUGAAGAUCAAGUACAACUUACUGGUAAAGGUAAAAAAAGAAAACACGAUGGAGAGGAAAAAACUACAGUCAAAGUACAAGGUACCAUUAAUUAUCCAGAACUGAAGAAGGUUAUCAUAUUACCGAAUACAAAACAGAACGCAGACUGCAUUAAAAAGACAAAGAGGAGAAAUGAUUUAUUUUUCCUUAUGUUGACUCUGAUAGAGUUUAGAAACAAACACAACCGGCACCCUUUAGUAUCCUCAAAGGUUGAAGACAUAAAAUCCCUGCAGGCUAUAAGGAAAGAUGUGUUUGAGCUCUAUCAAGUGGACCAAUCAAAAUCUAGCCUUUUUGAUGACCUUUUUGAAAUAAUAUUCGAUGAGGUUGUGCCUGUUUGUGCUAUUCUUGGAGGAGUCAUUGCUCAAGAGGCCAUUAAAGCUGUUUCCCACAAGGAGGUGCCUAUAAAUAAUGUAUUUCUUUUUGAUCCUAUUUCUUAUGAUGGCAAAGAAGAAACUAUAGGUGCUUGAUUGAAAGAACAUUCUAAUUUUUUUAAACGAGUUACUAGUUUUUUUAUAAAUGAAUUAGAGAUAAGAAAAUAACUCCAGUGAACCUAUUAUACUGUGGAGAACAACUUCCUUGUACUUAUUCUCUCAUCAUAAAAUUUCUUUUUGCAAAGAUUAUGCUCCUGAUCAGUUGGUUUUAAUUCAGUGAGUUUUAGAUUUUUGAGUGAAUUGGUGUCUCAAUAAAGUAUUUCGAAUAAUU